AUGGCGCGGAGCGGCCAAGGGGGCUCGGAGCGAGGGGCGGCGGUGGAGACAGCAGCAGCCGGCCCUGCCCAGAGGCGUCUUCCCCGCUGUCUGGAGUGGGCUGGGGGGGAGGGAAGGGAAAGGAGGGGGCGGCUGCGUCAGGGCCGCCUCCGCCGCCUCCCCGCCGGCCUCUCUCUAGGGAGCGGCCCCGGCAGCGGCAGCAGCAACCCCGGCUCAGUCCAGCUGGAUCUCCGCUCUCCUCGCCCGCUCCGCCCUGCCCGGCCGGGACAAAUUCCGCCCGCGGCCGGUGGCGGGACAGAAGCAGUGCCGAGAGACGCGGUGCCGGUCCCAGGUGCGCGGUGCGGGGCGGCCGAUGCGGGGCGAUGGCGAUGGCAGGGCCCGGGCGGCGGCGAUGGCGGCGGCGAUGGCGCUCCCGGCCGUAACCCCCGCACCAGCAAUAUGGCGUCAACAACAACGCCGCCGGUUCAAACGCCAGCCCCCCCCGGCGCAGAGGCUCACGGGACUCGUGGUUUCCCCGCCCAUGCCCACGCCACUCAAAGGCAGGGUGGCCACUGGGGAGCUGGGACUACAGCUCCCGGCGUGCACCGCGCCGGCAGGACCACUCACUUUGCCAGUUGAAGACUGCCCAGUCAA